AUGGCGGCGAUGGCGGCCGCGGCGUCGACGAGCGGUGCGCUGGGCUCGGGCCCCGCCGCAGGGCCUCCGGCGGCGGCCGGCGGGACGGCGGCGACAGCGGCGGCCGCGAUGGCGGUGGGCAGCCCGAUGCAGGUGCCCAUGAACCUCUUCGCCACGUGGGAGAUCGAUCGGUCGGCGCCGAGCUGCGUGCCCAGGCUCUGCAGUCUGCGCCUGAAGAAACUCACGGUGCUGAAAGAGCUGGACAAAGAGCUGAGCUCUAUACUUAUCGCUGUGAAGAUUCAGGGUUCAAAGCGAGUCCUGAGGUCAAAUGAAUACAUCCUCCCGCCUGGGGGUCUGAUGGAGACCGAGCUGGAGCUGACCUUCUCACUGCAGUACCCACACUUCCUCAAGAGAGAUGGCAACAAGCUACAGAUCAUGCUGCAGCGGAGGAAGAGAUAUAAGAACCGCACCAUCCUGGGUUACAAGACCCUGGCAGUGGGAAUCAUCAACAUGGCUGAGGUCAUGCAGCACCCGACAGAUGGUGGGCAACUCCUGGGCCUUCACAGCAACAUGAAGGAUGUGAACAUUCGAGUGGCUGAAAUCAGCAUCUACUCUCUGUCCAGUCAGCCCAUCGACCAUGAGGAUGGGAAUGUCCCUUCGGGUCCUAAAAUCAAGGCUUCAGAUCGCUCCCCAGACAUUGAUAACUACUCUGAAGAAGAGGAUGACAGCUUCUCCUCAGAGCAGGAAGCCAGUGAUGAUGCUGUGCAGGGUCAGGAUCUGUUUGAUGAAGAGGAUGACUUGAGGAAAACCAAGAAGGCCAGGAGGAAAAUGAACCGAACCACAUCAAUCACCAGACAACCAAACUUCAAGCAGAAAUUUGUGGCUUUGCUGAGGAGGUUCAGAGUGACAGAAGAGGUCCUGGACUCUGACCCUGUAGACCAGACCCGUGAGGUGGAAGAAGAUCUGGGCUUGCUCUAUGAUAGCCUGGAAGAGUGCAACAACAGUGACAGUGGCCCAGAGAUGGAGGACAAUGAGAGUGUACACAGCACACCCAAGCCCACCCUGAGGCGUUUCUUUGAGGGAGUCUCUCAUUCUGGUUCCCAGACUGAGAUCGGCAGUUUGCACAGCCAGAAAGGGCAGGAUCAAGAGUCGGGCAGCCCUGGCGAGGCAGACAAGAGGAAGCCAGGAGCACAGCAACCAGAAGAAGAGCAAGGAACAGAGGUCCCUGCAGUGGAGCUGGUGACAGAGGAGUCGUGUUCCUGGCUGGGCCCCACAGAGGCUGCCAUGAGGGAGGGCAGCAUGGACAGACUGGCCCAGCUGGGCCCUGGGACCAAAGCCGAUAUCCCCAGUGCUGUAUCGCCCAGCAAGGCAGAGAACAAGCAGUUGUGGCGUCCCCGCAGCACCUCUGUGAAGGACCGGCAGAGCUCAAAGGUACAAGGUGGCCGUACCAGCAGCCUGGACAGUGAGAGCUCCCCAGACUCAUGGCAUAACACCCAGGUGCCUCGAAAAUCUGUUUAUGAUCAGCUGAACCAGAUCCUGGUCUCAGACGAGCAGCUCCCUGAGAGCAUCGUGCUGGUGAAUGUUGCUGAGUGGCAGGGCCAGUACGUGAGCGAGCAGCUCCAGGCGCACAAGCAGUUGGUUGUAUCCACCUGCUCCGUGGCGGACAUCCAGGCAGCCUUCAACACCACUGUCUCCCGCAUCCAGCGAUACUGUAACUGUAACUCCCAAAUGCCUCCCCCGGUGAAGGUGGUGGUGGCAGGAGACCAGAGCUACCUGAGUGUUGUCCUCCGUUUCUUUGUGGAGCAACUGGCCAGCAAGACACCCGACUGGCUCAACUACCUUCGCUUCCUGCUUGUGCCGCUGGGUUCUCACCCUCUGGCCAAGUACCUGGCCUCGGUGGAUAACAAAUACAGCACUCUCUUCCUGGACACAGCGUGGCGGGAACUGUUCAGCAGGGCUGAGCCUCCCACCGCAGACACUGUGGACAUAGCCGGCCGUGUUGCCCAGUUCAUUGCUGGAGCCAGCCUCUCUCACCAGCUCCCCAUCUCUGAGGCCAUGUUGACCUACAAGCAGAAGAGGAAGAGAAGUCUCUAUUUUGAUUUUUAUAUCAGCCCUGAUGAGGACUCCUGCCAGAAGUUUGUCCCCUUUGUGGGGGUGGUGAAGGUGGGCCUGGUAGAGCAGUCUUUCAGUGCCUCCGUGGACUCGGAUGAUGCCACAGUUUGCACCCCCUCCCUGCUGAGCUCAACACCAGCCUCCAGUGUAGCUGUUCCCUACGGCAAGGAGACCGUGAGCACCCCACCACCCUCUCCAUCCGUCAGCAGCAGCCUCUCGGGUGCUGGGUCUCCGAGCCCUGGUGUGGAGGUGAUGGGCCUGCAGGUGGACUACUGGACAACACAAGGGCUGGACAGGAAGAAGGAGGGUGACAGGCGGGAGACUGGUAUCAAGAACACACUCAAGAGCAACUUCCGCUCGCUCCAAGUCAGCCGCAUCCCCAGCACAGGGGAACUGGUGUCCCCCAGCACUAUGGCCAUGACUGUGGUCACCAAGGAAAAAAACAAGAAAGUGAUGUUCCUGAGCAAGAAACCAAAAGAAAAAGACUUGGAACCCAAAAGCCAAGUCAUUGAAGGGAUCACACGCCUCAUCUGCACAGCCAAGCACCAGAACACCAUGCUGCGAGUCUCCAUAGAUGGGGUGGAGUGGAACGAUGUGAAGUUUUUCCAGCUGGCAGCACAGUGGCCAACACACGUCAAGUACCUCCCUGUGGGCAUCUUUGGCUACUCGAAGAGUGUGUGAGACAUUGGGGCAUCCCUGGAAUGGAGCUGCAGUGGGUUGCAGGAGACAGGGAGAUGGACAUGCUCUUGUCCCCAUCUUCUGCAGACCAGUCCCUGCCUGCUCAGUAGGGGGGGAUACUAUACCUGCACCCUGUGGGCCAAGACCCAUGAAGGUGAGGCCACUGAGACCGGGUCCGUGCACCCUCCAACACCAGCCAGGACACCAUGCCAUCUGCCUCCCGUGUCCCCCAUCAAGCCUGGGACAAGGGUUGGCACCAGCCAGCAGGGCCCCAGGAUGGGCUCUGGGCCCCACUCCCCACAGAUGCACCUGCCAGGCCAGCCCUGUAGCCAGCCAGGGUCCCAGCUGGGCUGGACCCAGGCGAGUUCCCCAGUGCUGCAGCCAGCCAGACUGCUCUGUGCAGGGGCAGGUGCUGAGCAGGGCCCACCACCCCUGUACCACCCUUGCCAGCCCCACUGCCAGCCUUGCACUGCUGUGCUGGCCCUGCCCUCUGCAGCACAGCCUCAGCAGCUUUUCCAGUCCCCCUGCAGCCCUGCUGCUGAGACUGUCUUCUUCAUCUCCCCAUCCUUUCCCAACCAGCCCUACCCCAUGGUGCUGCCAGCUGGAGGUGUGGGAUGAGGGCACCUGAGUUUUUUUUUUUACAAGAUUCUAUUUUUUUUAAAUUUAUUGUAUGGUUACUUUUCAGGAUUAAUUUUAAUAAAUUAACGCUGUUACCAUUAUGGCA